UUUAGACUGCGUAAGAUGGAUACGGAAAAGACUGUUUCAAGCAAACUCGAUAUUUCGACGUUAAUAUUCGAUCAGUCUGAGGCUGGGAAAUGUCAGGACAUUUGUCACCAGUACACAUUCAUUCGAAGGGUCAAAGGAGAUGGAAACUGCUUUUACAGAGCACUGGCCUUUCGACAUUUGGAGUUGUUGUUGCACAAUGAAAGGGCUAUCCAAAGAUUCAAAGAUACAAUAAUACAGAGUGGCAGAGAACUGCUUGCAGCAGGAUUUGAAGAAAACUCUUUUAAGGACUUACUCAAUACGUUUGUCAGUGUUCUAGAGCAGAGUGGGGCAGAAGAUAAAGAGGAGAUCCUGGUUGAGUUUUUUAAUGAUCCAGUGACAUCAGACAGCAUAGUGCAGUACCUCAGGCUUCUCACCUCAGCCUAUCUGCAGAACCACGCAGAAUUUUUCCAGAACUUUGUUGAAGCACCCAGUCUAAAAGCCUACUGCCUUCAGGAGGUGGAAACUAUGGCAAUGGAGUGUGAUCAUGUGGAGAUCCUAGCACUCACAGAAGCACUGGAUCUCAGUCUUUGUAUUGUAUCCACAGAAGGAGAUGGUCACCUAACUUACCAUAUCAUUCCAGAAGGUUCCAGACCUUCUCUGCAUCUUCUCUACAGAACAUCUCACUAUGACAUAUUAUACAAGGGCCCGGACCACUGAAGAACACGCAAAACUUGGAAAAUACAACUCAGGAUCGAUAAACUGUCAUAACAAAAAAAGAAUGUGUGCCUCUUACAUAUAUCUUUGUACUAUCAGCGAUAUAAGCUUUUCCACAAAACUUCCACUGACUUUUACAAGUUUUUACUGAGCUUCACAGAGCUGAAAAUGACGGGGGUUUUUUUCUAUUUUUAUUUAUAUCAAUGCAAUGGGGGUGUUGAAAGGGCGGCUGCAUUUCUUUGCUUUUCAUAUAUGUUUGCACAUAAAAAUAUCAUAUAAAAGAGUUCCUCUUCUAACAUGGAUAUAUUUCUGUGUAGCCUUGAAAGCCAAAAAAAAAAAAAGACCGGAAACUUUAAAAGCAAAUUACUGUA